GCGCGGCCGGAAGAGAUGUGGAGCCGGCUGCUGUCCCGGCACGGCGGCCCGGCUCUGCGCCUCCUUCCUGCGGCCGGGAGCCGGGUGGCGCCGCGUGGGCCGCGCUUCCUCAUCAUGAAGUGCGAGUCGCCAGAUUUCCAGGCCCUCUUCACGCCGGGGCUGAGGAGCGUGGCAGAGUUAUUUGAAAAAGAGAAGUAUGAAUUAAGAAUAGCAGGAGGUGCAGUGAGGGAUUUACUAAGUGGAGAGAAACCACAAGAUGUGGACUUUGCCACCACUGCUACACCAGCUGAGAUGAAGGAAAUAUUCCAGUCUGCUGGCGUGCGUAUGAUCAAUAAUAAAGGAGAAAAGCACGGAACCAUUACUGCCAGGGUCCACGAGCAGAACUUUGAAAUUACGACACUCAGAAUUGAUGUAGUCACAGAUGGACGACACGCAGAGGUGGAAUUCACCACUGACUGGGAGAAAGAUGCUGAGAGGAGGGAUCUUACCAUCAACUCGAUGUUUUUAGGUUUGGAUGGCACCCUUUAUGAUUAUUUCAGUGGAUAUAAAGACUUAAAAAACAAGAAAGUUCGAUUUGUAGGUGAUCCGAACGAAAGGAUACAAGAGGAUUAUUUGCGAAUCUUGAGAUAUUUCAGGUUUUACGGAAAGAUAACUGAGAAACCUGGUGAGCAUGAAACUAAUACACUGGAAGCAAUCAAGACAAAUGCCAAAGGUUUGGCUAGAAUAUCGGGCGAGAGAAUUUGGGUAGAGCUGAAGAAGUUGCUUGCUGGAAAACAUGUAAAUCAUUUGGUCCGACUUAUGUACAAGCUCGACAUUGCCCCGUAUAUAGGAUUUCCUGUUAAUGGGAGUUUAGAGGAAUUUGACAAAGUCUGUAAAAAUGUUCAGAAUCUCUUUCCAAAACCAAUGACCAUUCUAACAUCACUGUUCAAGGUGCAGGAUGAUGUCACAAAACUUGAUCUGAGGCUAAAAAUCUCAAAAGAAGAGAAAAAUCUUGGCCUCUUUAUAGUGAAGUACAGGAAGGACUUAAUCAAAGAAGUGGACAGUCUAGAACCACUUAAGCCAUAUCAAAACUUUAUCGUAGAUUCUAGGCAAUCUGAUACAAAUUCCAAAAUCUGUGAACUUUUAAAGUACCAAGGAGAGGAGCAUCUUCUAAAAGAAAUGCAACAAUGGUCUGUCCCUUCCUUUCCUGUCUCUGGCCAUGAUUUAAUGAAAACAGGGAUUUCUGGAAAAGAAAUUGGGAUAAUCUUACAACAGUUAAGAGACCAGUGGAAGAAGAGCAGAUACCAAAUGGAUAAAGAAGAACUCUUAAGUUGCAUAAAAAAGGAAUAAAAUUGUGAAGUAAUUUGAGAAGCGCUCAUGAUUUAAUAAUGAAGAUGAUUGUAUUUACCCUGUUCCAGGGACAGCCACAGUACCAUACUGCUACAGCAUCAGCAUCAGCACCAGCCAGCGGUGAUGCAUUUCUGAGUACUUAAGAUUUUCAAAAGAUUUUUCAAAAGCAGAACUCUUCUCAUGUUUGAAAUUCAUAAUAUGCCCUGCAAACAGGUAUUUAAUUUUGCAGUUGUAUAGAGCUCUGUUUGCCAAACCAACUGAAAAACCUACCUUUUUUUAUGUUUUAAUGGUCAUAUCUGCCACUGGUCUUCAUUGUUCUUAAGGCUCAUAUAGGUGACACAAGGAUUUUUCUCAUUCUCUCUUGGCUAUAGCCGACCUGAAUGAUUUAACUGUGUUCUAGAUAAAACCCUCUUUUUAUCCUUCAUUUUUGUCAGAGGGAGUAACCAACUCUUGGGAAUAAUGAGAUCAAAAAUUUUUUUUUGUAUUCAAAGCUGGGUGUCAAAUUGAAAUCUUCACUUCAGCAGUUCCCAAACAGGCUAUCUUAUCAUGUGAAACAACCCUGUUUUCCUAAAGGUUUUACUCCUCAUAAUUCCAAAAUCAACUUUUGAUUAAAGGAUCACUUGGCUAAGCCAACAUCACAACAAGUGUCUCCUUGGAUACAGUAUUUCUUCUUUGUCUCCUCUUUGGCCAUUUUCAGUCAUUUGUUCUCAUUUCCCAUAUAAACAAAUAGAGCUGUAUAUUCUACAGUACAUUUUCAGUUCUGUGCAUGAAGUGAGGAAUAUUAAAGUGUAACAUCUCAGUACUAACACCUAGGGAAGAUCCAGUUCAGUUUAUCCAGACUUCUUAGUAUGUCAGGUAGUUGCCUUCCUGCUGAAGUUUAAUGGAAAACCUAUGGCUAAAAUUCUCAUGAAGAACCUAACAACAUUUAGGAUUCCCUCCUUCCCUUUCCCUUACAAUCACAGUUGCCAAAAUAGGCAAGAGGAUAGGAUGGCAUCCUGUCUUGCCUGAGUAUGGUAUGAGUAUGCUUAGAUGUACCAUGUGCAAAGAGCCUGAACUGAGUACCAUGAAUAUAUCCCCUUGCAAUACCAUCACUUCAGUGAAAUUAGGGAGAAUCUGAAAGAAUAUGCUCCGUUUCAGUGAAAAGAAAUUGACCAUCAAGAUCUUUAGUAUCGUAUGAUAGCACACAUCUCAAAAUAACUGACAGUAAGAUGCUAAGCCCUUGCAUCAAGUGCUUUAUACUCUGUGGUUCUGUUGAAAUAGUCGUCUUGAUUGUGGGAAAAGGUAUUGAUUACUGUCCAUAUUGGUAGCAUAUUCCCUAUUUUUCUGUGAAUUAUUCAUGGUGAUCCUCUAAAGGAAUCCAAUUUAAACAUAGGCUUUACACCUUCACUUAGAAUUGGCCAUUCAGCAUUGGCCAUAGUAGUGAAUACACCAAUCACUUCAGAUAACAUAAAUGUUGCUUCACCGCUGAUUUAGUCUUCACCUGAUUCUGGGAAAACUACCUGAAAUGUAUAUUCAGUGACAGUUUAUGUAAAAAAAAAAACCCCACACCCAAAAAACUGACUUUUUUAUAUUAUGACUUGCAGCAAUACCCAUCGGAUAGUUUUACAAACCUGACUGCUGCAGAAUGCUAAAGGCCUAAAACUUUGAUGGUCCCUAGGCAACAAUACUGACCAAGUGAUGCUCUAUAGACAAUACCAUGCUGCUCCCUCCCCAGUCAACAGGACUUUUCUACCUGUAGAAAGUCCGUUUCCCAUGGCUGCCGGUGGCAUCGGAGAUCUUGCAUACCAAGUGUACACCAUGAGCGGGGAACCACUGCUUCAGGGCUGUGCUACCAGCCCUGCUUUUUAAAAAACUUGUUACUGAGAGCUGCUUUAUGUAUCUGCAAAUGUUACAGAGUACUGGAUUGCUGUAAUAAAACUUGAUUUGUGACAAUUUCA